AUGGAGGCGCCUCGAGAAUGGCAUAUCGCACAACCCUACCGAGACCGGCAUCUUUGGGAAGAACCAUCCGCAUCAGAGCAGAGUGCUGACCAUUUUCCCCUUCAGGUUGUCAUUGAUGGCAAGGGCCACCUCCUUGGCCGUCUGGCCUCGCUCGUUGCCAAGCAGCUCCUCAACGGUCAGAAGAUCGUCGUCGUCCGCUGCGAGGCCCUGAACAUCUCUGGCGAGUUCUUCCGCGCCAAGCUCAAGUGGGCUGCCCACAUGCGCAGGAUCACCCGUUACAACCCUACCCGUGGUGGUCCCUUCCACUUCCGCGCCCCCUCGCGCAUCUUCUACAAGGCUGUCCGCGGCAUGAUCCCCCACAAGACCGCCCGUGGUGCUGCUGCCCUUGAGCGCCUGAAGGUCUUCGAGGGGGUCCCCCCUCCCUACGACAAGCAGAAGAAGGUCGUUGUGCCCCAGGCCCUCCGCGUCCUCCGCCUGCAGCCCGGCCGCAAGUACUGCACCGUCGGCCGCCUCAGCCACGAGAACGGCUGGAAGUACCAGGACGUCGUCGCCCGCCUCGAGGACAGGAGGAAGGCCAAGGCCCAGGCCUACUACGAGCGCCGGUUGACUCACGAGAAGCAACUGACCGAGGCCAAGAAGAACGCCAAGACCAACCCCGAGACCGUCAAGGCCCUCGCUGCUUACGGCCACUAA